UCGAAAAUUUUACAGCUCUUCACCGCGUUUGCUGCUCGCUCGCUGAGGAAAAUAAGAUUAUCCAGGAGCAAAAACGCGAUUCGCAAGUAUCUGCGCAGCUAGCCAGACCAACGGGAUCGAAAAGGCCCGACUUGCACAUAGAGAGCUACCAAAGAGGCCCAGGAAUUGUUUUAGUCACAUCUCAAAUCCCGCAGAGGAGCAACGUUUCCAAUAAGCAAGCAUACAUAAAUGGUUUCUACUUUUAUUGGUCUAUUAGACAUUCAAUCAUGGUGGGAGAUACCGUGUAUUUCGCAUUUCUGUUCAUUGUUUAGUUCCGCCUUUGAUCUGCCCGACAUUGACAUCGAGGAUCUCGAAUCGGCGCUGCUCUCCGAUGGUACCAGCGAUGAGGAUCAGGUCGCCUUAGUGCCCGAGUUAAUUGUGCGCCUGCUCAAGGGCUGCGAUGCGCUACAGUCGGUAGCCAAGGAAAUCACACACAGCAACUAUCAGAUGUUCUUGCGUCGCUUCCUGCGCCAACAGUGUCGCCUGCACCAGACCGAGAACCAUUUCGACACGGACAUUGAUUUCCAGUCGCUGCCCGUCCGCAAGCGCCUGCACAUCCUGCACGAUCUGUGCCACUUCCGCCUGGACUCGGCCGAUGUGCAGGUCAUCCUCAGCAAUCUAGAGGCGGACAGUCUGCGCGUGGAGCCCCUGGGCUACGACGCCAAGAACUCUGGCUAUUGGUACUUUUACGGCACGCGGCUGUAUCGCGAGGACAAGGCCACCGGCGGCAGCGGAGCGGCAGGUUCUAGUUCGGGAUCAGGAGGCGACGGAGCCUCAACUGGCGGAGCAUCGGGCAGCAAGGGAAUUGGCAACACCAACGGCCAAACAGUCUGGCAGGUCAUCUGCUUCACCGAGGAGGACUGGCAGAAUUUGGCCGCCAAGUUUAAGACCUCGACGAACGCCAAGGAGCGCGAACUCUUCCACAUACUCGAUGACAACUUUCUGCCCAAGCUGCCGCAGCUUUUCCGUGAGCGUGAGCGUUUGAGGCGUAGAAAACUUCUGCAAGUGCGAAACUCCAGUCGCAUUCGCAACAUCGCAGAGUUGAAAGCGCGUCAGGAGGAGGAUCGCCAGCGGCAGGAGGAGGAGCGCCAGCGCCUGGAGCGGCAAAACGCACACUGGUUGGCACCGCCGCAGCAACAGCAACAGCAACAACAACAGCAACAGCAUCAACAACAGCAGCAAUCCCUGCAGCGCACACGCAGACGAUCCCAAUCAACUUCGACGGCUAGUGGUAUUUCAACCUACGCAAGCUCACUCAGACGAACAACCACAACUAAUUCGAGCGAAUUUCUGUGCCACAGGGAAACCUUCUGCCUCUCGCCAGAAAACGACGAAGAGGAAGACGACGACGAGGCCCUCGACGCGGAGCAGCAUCAAGAAGAGGAGCAGCAGCAGCAGCCAGAGGAGGAGGCGGAGCAGCGGCAGGAAUCGGAGGAAUUAUUAGCUGUCUCAGCAACUGGCGACGAUUUUCGCUCUCCAGAAGCGCCGAAUUCGCAAACGCCGGCGGAAUUGAAGAGCAAGAGCAGUCACCACCACCAUCAUCAUCAUCACCAUCACCACAAAAAGAAAAAGUCGGGCAAGAAGCAGAAGAAGCGACACCAUCGAGAUAGAGAUCGUGAGCGGGAUCGCGAGCAUCAUCACCAUCAUCGGCGGCGACACAAGCAUGCUUCAGAGGCAGACGAAGGCGAGGACGACAACAAUAAUCACCACAACAGCAACAGCAAUAGCAACAGCAACACCAAUAGCACCAGCAGCAACAAUAGUGCCCAGCAGCACCAGCAGCCAAAGCGACGACGAAGUGGCCAGCAGCAGCAGCCAGAAAGUGCCAGCCAGCCCACCACUACUUCUUCUCUAAGUCCCGAGGACAAGGAGAACUUUUGCAGGCAGCUGCAGCUUUUGGACACCAACUCGGCGGCCAUUGCGGUGGCCACCAGCAUUGCCGAUCUCAGUCUGCCUUCGCCUUCGCCGUCGGUGGCACAUGACAGCGAAUCGGAGCAGGAGCAGCCGGCAGCAGCAGUGGAAACAGAGACAGAGCCAGAGCCACCAGCAGCAGUAGCUUCUCCAAUGGCGCCAGCGGCAAAUGUCAAGCUGCCCGGCAGGCAGACAAACAAUUCACUGAGUUCGCUGACUGGAAACAUAUUCAUACCGGGAGGAAGCGCCCAGCAACAACAGCAGCAGCAGCAACCAUCGCAGGAGCCACAGAGCAGCAGCAGCAGCAGCAGUCACAGUGGCACCACCACCACCGCCAGCACAGUGCGCUCCAAGAAACAGAAGGCGGUGCUUAACAGCAGCGGGAGCAGCAGCGCCAGCAAAGUGGCGGAUAAGGCGGAUCGGAACUUGAGCAAGGCGGAAGCGGCGGCGGCGGCCGGCAAGUCCAAGAAGUCGACGGCGGCGGCGGGUUCAUCGGCGUCCUCAUCGUCCAGCAAGGCGGAGCGAAACAGCGGUGCCUACUCGGACAAGAGUGGCGAUGACCAUGUAAAUAGUAGCAACCGUAGCACCACCAACAACAACAGCAGCCUUAACAACAACAACAACAACCAUAAGCACGCGUCGCACCACAGUCACAACAACAACAACAACAGCCACUCAAUGACGGCAUCGGCAACAACAACAGCAACAACGACAACGUCGCAGGGAUAUCAUAACAAUUCGAAUUAUAAUCACAAUCAGAAUAAUCACAGCCACCAAACCACCCACUCACAUCACACCCACCAUUAUCAGUACAGUAACAAACAUAAAUAUAAAUCGCACCACUCCCUAACCCACAACAACAACAAUAAUAAUAAUCACACAACAAAUGCAACAAGCACAUCACAACAACAAGCACACCACCCAGUAACCACAAACACAACCACAAACAACAACAAUUCAACGUACAACUCCUCCAAUCAUGCGAAUAUUCUUAGCUUCACCGAAACGGAGGAAGUCCUGCAAAUUGGGAUGCACAAGGUGCUCGUCUACGUGAAGAAUCAUCGCGAUGCCUGGCCAUUUGUGGAUCCCGUGGAAGAGGAUAUAGCACCACGAUAUUACUCGAUCAUCAGAAGACCCAUGGAUCUUUUGAAGAUGGAGGACAAGCUGGACAGUGGUGAAUAUCACAAAUUCAGUGAAUUCCGCAACGACUUUCGCUUGAUUGUCAACAACUGCAGAUUGUACAAUGGGCACAACAAUGAAUACACGGAGAUGGUUAACAAUCUGCAGGAUGCUUUCGAGAAGGCCACCAAAAAGUACUUUGAUAAUCUCUCCGACGACGAGGACGAUGAUCCCAAUCUCAGCUAUCCCGCCGCCGACUCCAAAAUGAACGUCUUUCGCGAGAAGUUCUUCAGCAAGAAGGCCAAGGAGGAGACGGAGAAGGAUGGAGCGCCAGCAGGUACACGUGCAGAAAGCACCGGCGAGGAGGAUCUCAGCGAAAUCGAAGCGGAGGCCCCGCAGAAAGCCCUAAAACGCAAGCGUAAGGAAAAAGACAAAAGACGCAAAAAGAAGACCAAGAGCAAGGCGGAUGUGGAAACGGAUGAUGAGGAUUUGGAGAACGAGCGGGAAGCAACGCCGCCACCAGCUCCACCUCCGCCGCCAGCCAGCAAGAAAAGCAAAGCGGGCAAGGUGGCCAAGGAAAAGGAGAAAGAUAAGGAGAAGGAUAAAGAAAAAGAUAAGGAAAAAGAUAAGGAGGCACCUUCAUCCAAGCGGGGACGCAAAGCUAAGAGCGAAAAGUCCAACUCGAAACCCAGCAAACAGCAGCAAAAGACCAAAAAGGGGGCCAAGAAGUUGGCACCCGAAUCCGACCUGGAAUCAGAUCCCAGCGACAGUCGCGAGAGCGAGGACUACAGCGAUGAUGACCACAUAUCGUUGGCCAAAACCAAAUCCCUGAUCAAGCCCACGGCUCGAACGAUAGCGGCGCAAAAGAAGAAAUCGGUGCCCGCUGAAUCCAAAGUAAAGAUGCCCACGCCAGUCAAGCGGCAAGUAAAGGGCAAGGGCAAAGGUGGACGCAAGGGGAAGGCAGACGACUCACUGGACAGCGAUCAGUCGGAGGUGGAUGUCAAGAAGCAGCUGCUGCCACCAACGGCGGCGGCCGCCUUAGCCGAAUCCGCCGCUGACCUCGAGGAAGAUGCCGAUGAUCAGCCUGCCGAGGAAGACGAGGAAGAUGGCGAUAGCUCACGCUCGCGCAGCAUGUCACCCUUUAAGGUUGAUCUCCACAAGAAAUACUCAAAAAGUGCCCUUAACGAUGAUCUCUCCGAGCUGCUGACCACCGUGAAAAAGGUUCCCACCGCGGAAACCACUAAGCUAAGUGCCCGCCAUCAGGAUGAAGCGGAUGAGGAUGAGGAGAGAUCCUGCCGAGAGUCUGACGAGGACUUUAGAUCCCUGAGCAGCAGUCGCGCUAGCUCCGCGGAGCGUCCGCCGGUGGCCAAGAAGGGGAAAAAGGGGGAGAGCUCGAAAAAGGAGAAGGAAAAGAAGAGCAAGGAGAAAGAGAAGGACAAGGAUAAAUCCCGCAGCGCCAAGCACAAGAAGGGCAAGGAGGAUUCCCCCCUCUCGGCAGCCGCCGCUGCAGCCGCCGCCGAGCAGGCUGAACUGGAGAUGCUGCUGCCCUUCAUGGACAAGUACGAUGUGAUCAAGUACCGACGAAGUCGUGCUGCCCUGAGUGGUUCCAGUGCCUCCAAUUCCAUUGCCCCCUCCGAGGACUCCAAGCCAGCGAGCACCAAAAGCAGCAGGGAGAGCAAAAAGGCCUCGGCGAAGCGCGAAAAGUCGCCCGAUCCUGUGGAGCACAAGCGCGGGCGGAAGAGCAAAGACCAAAAGCGUUCUAAAGAGUCGGAUAAAUCGGAGAAAACUGAAAAGGCUUCAAAAGUCGAUACCGAAAAGCAGGCAGAAAAAUCAAAGAAAAAGGAGGAGCAACCCAAAGUAGUGGAGAAAGCUCCCAGAGAAAAAUCACCUGCACCGGUGGCUCCUUUGGAAGCAAUAAAAGAACCUCCUGCUCCUGCAACUACCGCAGUCACACCAGCAGUCAGUAAGGCAAAAGAAGUCCCAGGCAAAACAGCAGCUAAGAGAAAACCCGACAAACAAAUGCCGCCGCCUCCAAAGCCUGCCGACAAACCAAGUGAAAAGGGUUCCUCCGGCAAGAAGACCGCCGGCAAGAAGGCAGCUCAAAAGGCGGCCGGCGGCCAAACGCCGCAGACCAACAACAAUACAAAUCUCGAGGCUUUGGAUGUGGAAACGGAACAGACGCUCAAGGACAUAAAUCGCUGGCUGGAGCACACGCCCCGUUUCACCGAAUUCAGUUCGGCCAGCAAUUCGCCAUCGCGCUACAAUAAUCUAUUGGAUGAUUUUGAUUCUGGAAUCGGUAGCAAACUGGAUGCGGCUGAUUUUCGACGACCCGUGGCAUUGGCUGCUCCAAAAGUUGAGUUGGUACCAACUAAGCUGGCCGAGGCACUCAAUGAACUGGUGAGCGAGCCAAAAGAGGCGACGGCUAGCAAGUCGGAAUCCGAAUCCGUGGCCCCAACGCCGAGCAGUGUGAGCAGCAGCUGCGGAACGCCGCCGCAUUCGAUGCACUCGGGCAACUCCAUUGGCAGCACAUCCGCCACUGCGGCCUCCAGUUCGAAUUGCUCUAAUAAUUCGAUGCCCACUCCUUUGCCCGUGGCAACUGCAACUGCACCUGCGACGCCAACACCUGCAGCUCCUCCGCCAUCACUUCUUCCGAUUCCCAAACCCAAGGAGCCAAGUACCACGCAGCUCAUCCUCAAUCCACCGCCGCCGCCGCACAUCAAGCAGCAGCUGGCCAAGGAGGCCAAGAGGAAGUCGCUUAAGGAAAAGCAGGCGGCCCAGGCAGCCCAAGCGCAGCAAGUGAAGGCCAAGACGAAUGUGAUGAGGACGAUCGAACGGCUCCAACCGGGCAAGGCAAAGGGAAAUCUUUUGCAGAACGUGGCAGCCGGGAAAUCAACGGAGGAGGGUGGCGACUCUCAUGCAGUUAAUCCAGUGGCCACCAAGGUCAAGGAGCUGAAGAAUGCUCUCAUCACGGAAACUUGCGAGGGAGCUCCAAAAUUAAGUUUGGGUACGGUUCUUAAGACACAGGACUUUUCGCUGGGCAAAAGCCUUGAGGAAAUGUCCGGAAACAAACCAACGGAUGAAGAUGAUGUUGCAAAUGAGGAAGCCAAGUCAGAGAAUCCAUCGACACCCACAACACCGAACAAAGAGGCACCAAAACCAUUUGAAGCUCUGCUUGAGCUCAGCAAAAUUGGCAAAUCCUCGGAAUCAGCAAAAAGCGAAGCAAGUCAGAAGGAGAAGCCCAAUUUGAGCGCCUGGCUAAAGGCGUUCGGUGGUCCAAAGGUUAGCAAGAAGUCCGAGGAGGAGGAGAAGCAAGCGAACCAAGUCCCAGAUCUCCAAGGGGAUGCAAAGGUGGCUCCGCCAGCUCAUUCACCUGCCGGGGAUAACAACUUCUCACUGCCAACGGUGAUGCGGCAAAGGAAACCGAGCACGGGCAGCACGAAUUCCGAGAGAAGUUCCUUUAGCCAGGACCCUGAUUCCCCGAGAAUAGCCAUCGAUGAGCGGUAUGGAUCGUAUGCAGCUGGUUCUUACACCUCGCCAAUUGGUGCCUCACCCAUUGGAGCCUCGCCCAUUAUGGUUUCGCCCAAGCCCAACGAUGAUAUGGGUAAACCAGCCUCUCCUUACCCUCUAAAUGGAGCUAUCAAGGUGGGCUUCUACCAGGACACCACGACCAAAAGCAGUCCCGACAAGAGCUGCAGUCCCCGGGAGAUGAACUCUCCGUAUCCCCAAUACUCCCAGCAUAUCUACUCCUCCGCCUCGUCGCCCAAUGUCUCCACGCCGGAUAUGAGUGGCACAUCGCCGUAUGGCGGUGGAAACAGCUACAAUCCCUCGGGCUCUGAGGCCUCCAAGACUCCGGCCUAUUCUUCCACAUCUCCGCUUCCCAUUUACGACCAGUACAAGCAGCCGCGCUCCCAGGAAUCGGACUACAACUCCUCGAUGAGUCCCAGCACCCCCAACCCGCAUUCGCCUUAUCAACAGCCCCAGAGUUCUCCGUACACCACCCCGCAGCAAUCGCAAUCGACGCACCCGUCGCCAUAUCAUGGCCAGUCGCCGUACCACCAACAGCAGCACUCACCAUAUCAUCCGCCCGCCGCUAAGCAGCCGCAACAGCAGCAAUCCUCGCAGCAGCCCUCUCACAGUCCGGCGGCCCAUCAGCAGGCCCUCAGUCCGAUGCACAGUGUGGAAUCGCCUGCAUCCUCGGCAGCCACCCAACCGCCCACGCCGUUGGCUCAGUCGCCGGCGGAGCAGCAGCACUCGCCGUAUCAGCAGCCUGUACUCUCGCCCUAUCAGCAGCCGCAGGUGCAACAGGUGCAGCCGCCCGUGGUUCCGCCAGUUCAACCGGCAACAGGAGCUGUGGCCUCAACGGCUCUGAGCAACAAUGGUUAUGCGCCCACGCCUCACGAUAGCUACCAGCAACUUCAGCAGCAACAGCGAUCCCUGUACAAUCCAGCCACUUUGAUUAAUCCUCUGCCGACAGCCGCAUCUUCAACUGCCUCCAUAACGAAGCCCAAUAAUGACUGGAGUCUGAAUCGCAGCCUUUUGCCGCCGAGUAUUACGAAUACUGUAAAUCAAGCAACACAGCAGCAGCAGCAGCAGCAGCAACAAGCUGGGCAGUUGCAACAGCAGCCACAAAUGCAGGCGACGCAGCAGCAGCAAUUACAAGCAACCGCCCAACAGCAGCAGCAAUUACAGGCAACACCUCAACAGCAGCAGCAGCAGUUGCAAACACCGCAGCAACAGCAGGCACCACAACAACAGCAGCAGCAACAGUUGCAGACACCUCAGCAGCAGCAACUUCAACAGCAACAGCAACAACCACAGGUGCUGGGCCAUCAGCAGCAACAUAAACCGAAAUAUCCAACCUAUGCGCAAUAUCAGUCGACUAAUGCCGCUGCUAAUGCGGCAGCUGCAGCAGAUGCAGUGGAUACUCUGCAACAACAACAACAACAGCAGCAGCAGCAAAAGAUUGUGCCACCAACUUACGGCAGCGAUAUGGCCACAUUUAUGCAGCAUCAAAUGCAACAGCCUCCCAAAACGGAUACUCUGAUAAAUCCACUAAAACGACCGGGCGAGGAAAUUGGCAUGGAUUACAGUGGAAAUGCGGCCAAUAAAAUGCCAAAAAUAGACGAAACUCCGGCACAGCAGCCGCAAUUACAGCAGCAACAACAGCAGCAGCAACAGCAGCAACAAAACCAGAACCAAACUCAAUCCCUGCUCAACAAGCAACAGCAAAUGUUUAAUAGUUUCCUGGGUUCCAUGGCUUUUGGCAAGCCGAUUGGAAACAUUGCACCGGACAAGGCAUUUGAGAUGUAUAACCGAGCGGCGGCCAUGGGUUUCCCCAAGGAUUUUGCCAAGGACAACAGCUGUCAGCUGCAGCAGCAGCAGCAACAGCAACAGCAGUCGCCACAAGUGGCCACCAACAAGCAGCAGGCAAGCCAGCAAACGCAGCAGCAACCUCAGCAGCAAGCGCAGCAAACGCAGCCACAUCUCACGCAGCUUCAGGCGGCGCUAAGUCAAAACUACCAGCAGCAGCAGCAGCAAACGCAGUCUCAAAAGUUGUCGCAGCAGCAGCAGCAGCAACAGUCGCAGCAACAACUUAACUAUCAGCAACAGCAGACACAGAUUAACCACAAUUAUAGCGCACAGCAAUCUGCAGUGCCGGAAAAACCGCCAGCAACACAAGCGGCAGUGGCUUCUUCUGCUGUAGGUGGCGAUGCAAGUAGCAACAUGAUGAACCUGCCCUCAACCGCCCACCAGCAUCAUCUCAGCCAAACGCAUCACCUGGCCGCCUACAACAAACCAACGCCGCCUCCUCCGCAAACCUACAGUAAUCCCCUGAUGCAAUCGAUGUUGGGUUAUGCUGGAAACUAUUUCGACAAGACCAUGCCGCCGGCAGCUCACAUGUACAGUGCCUCCAGCUCAGCAGCUUCGGCAUAUGGGAAUCCUGCCCAGCAGCUGCCGGGUAAUUAUGUUCCCGGCAACAACAAUCCCGCUCACCAGCAGGCACAACAGCCACAACAGCAGCAACAGGCAGCUCCAGUUGCCCCUGCAGAAGUCAAGGCUCCAGCGAAAAGGGGCAGAAAAAAGAAGGCAGCCACAAUUGCGGCAGAAGCAGCGGCUGCAGCGGCCAAGCAGCAGCAGCAGCAGCAACAACAGCAGCAGCAGCAGGCGCAACAGCAGCAACAAGUCGCCGCCCAACAGCAGCAGCAUCAGCAGCAACAAGUAGCAGUCCAGCAGCAGCAACAACAACAGGUGGCCGCUCAACAGCAGCAGCAACACCAGUCGAUGCCGCAAUACAAUACACUACAAUCUGCGGCCGCUGCCACCAAUAAUCAGCUGCAGGCGCAUGCGCAGGCGCUGCACCAAGGCUUUCAAUUGUAUGCGGGUCUCAAGUCCGGCGGAGUAUCCUCGCCAGUGGGCAGCGCAGCAGCAGCAGCAACGCCGCCAAGUAGUGGAACGACCAGCAAUCAGACGGCCGCCGAUGCGGCAGCCAUUUCGUUGAAAACAUCUACGGGUGGCAUGGGAGUGCCGGGGAGUGCCUUCAAUUUCGCACCCACUCCAGGAGCUCUGGGCUUGUACGGGGAUCAAGCAGCAGCCGCCAGCAGUUAUUUGGAUCAAUUUCGGGACGCGCCCAAUCCGUACUAUAUGCCACCGGCGCCGGCACACAGUGGAGCGUCGGCGAAUCCAAGUGCGAAUGCAGCGGACAAGAGUCAGAAUCCGCUGAACUCGGCAGCCGGAUCGUAUCCCUUUUUGGCGGCGGCGCAUCCUUCAUCGCGGGCAGCCGCGGCGGCAGCUGCCUAUCCGUUUGCGGAUCCCAAUUCGCAGCUGUAUCAGCAGUAUCUACGACGCGAUGACUUCCACACGCGAAUGAUCUUCAACCAAAGUCUGCUCGGUGGGCCAGCAGCGGCGGCGGCAGCUGCGGGAUAUGGACAACCGCCACCGCCGCCGUCCGCCUAUCAACGAGCCGCUUUGGGGAUGCCGAAGCCGUACGACAUCAACCGGCAGUCAUGGUUUUAGCAGUACGCCAGUGCCGCCAACGUGGAUCUCCAAGGAGACGACCUGACGGGGGCGGCAACUGGAACAGCAUCGGGAUUAGCGGCAGCCUCGGCGACGACAGCAGCCACACAGCGAUGAGAUCGAAGGAGUCUACAGGCUUAGAAAGGUUUCAGAUCCACACACAAAUUGGUUCCAAAGAGGUUAACAAACACCAGCGUUUUCGUUUCCAUUUUAGAACAUAUUUUAUUUUUUAAAACUCGCUUUUUACACUCAC